GCCAAACCUCAAGCAAUGCUUGCCCUCACUGUAUCGCCGAUCUCAACCGCGCCGUAGCGGGCCACGACGGGCCUGAAGGCCUGCAGGAGUUCCAAUUCUUUUCCAACGAAGACACGUUGGCCUGGCUGUUUAAUGACUCCAAGGCCGGGCCCGAGGGCAACAGGCCUGAGGAGAUCGCUAGGCCCAUGCAGGCUGCGGCCGGGCGGGGGUUUAAUUAUUUUGAGGGAUUGAGGGGUUCUUGUAACCCGGGGAGGUUGACCCUUGAUGUUUGUUUGAGCGGGACGAGCUCGCCGGACUCGAUGGUCAGGCAGUCGCCGUCUGUGGAUGUUUCUUCGUUCGGCGGCGAUGGGGCAUGUUGGAUCCGGUGGUAACGUCAUGCCUUUCUCCGGCGUUGGCCCCGCUACGUUUAGCCUCGACCCCUCCGGCAACAACUGCGCCACAGCCGAAGGCACGACGUCGAGCCAAAGCGACCCAAACCCCGACAGAGAGGCAAAAGUGUUGAGGUACAAAGAGAAGAGAAAGAAGAGGAAAUACGAGAAGCAAAUCCGAUACGCUUCAAGAAAAGCGUAUGCGGAGAUGAGGCCGAGGAUAAAAGGGCGAUUUGCGAAGACACCGGAGACGAGCCAAGCUCCGGCGGUUAACCCUCCGAAUUAUAAUCAGGAGAGGUUUGAUUUUGGAUGGUACCAUCCUUAGUAUCUAAACUUGAUGAUGAUGAUGAAGAAGGAAUAAUGUAGAUGGUUCAACUUUAAGAUUUUUAUUUUUUAUUUUUUAUAAGAACGUUGUGGCUUGUUUCGAGUCAUUUGAUUGAAACGUACCUAAUUGAUGGGAGCGCACACUGGACAAAAGGUUAGCAUUUGUCUGAUUUA